AUGAGCAGGGCCGGGUGGACCUGGCUCGAAGACAGAGCAUAUCGGGAUUUAUUCAAAGAAGGUAGAAAGCGAGCACCGUGUAUCAUAUAUAUUGAUGAAAUAGAUGCAAUGGGUAAGAAACGCAGCGGUGGCGUUGGUCCCAUGGAUAGUUCCACUGGUGAAGGAGAACAGACUUUGAAUCAGCUGUUGGUUGAAAUGGAUGGUAUGGCAUCAAAAGAAGGGGUACUCAUGCUUGCAUCUACUAAUCGAGCUGAUGUACUCGACAAAGGAAUUAGAUUGGAUCAUGAACCAAAGGUGUAUUCCAGAAGAUUGGCACAGCUCACACCAGGAUUCAGUGGUGCUGAUAUUGCGAAUGUUGUAAAUGAAGCAGCGCUUCAUGCGGCUAGAGACCUCAAAGCUACUGUUACACGGGCUGAUCUUGAAUAUGCAGUCGAGAGAGUCGUAGGUGGGACUGAAAAAAGAUCGACUGUUAUGCCCUUGGAAGAAAAAAAAGUUGUAGCUAUGCAUGAAUCUGGCCGAGCAUUGAUGAGUUGGUUAACACCAAGCGCCAGUGUACUUCUUAAAGUAACCAUAGUGCCUAGAACAAAUCUUUCUCUUGGAUUUUCCCAAUAUAGUCAUCAAGAACAAAAACUGUACUCAAAAGAGGAGUUAUUUGCAAAAAUGUGUAUGGCUCUUGGAGGUCGUGUUGCUGAAAUAAUUACUUUUAACCGAUCUUCUACUGGAGCUGAGAAGGAUUUAAAAAAAGUUACUGAUUUGGCUUAUGCAAUGGUACGCAGAUUCGGUAUGAGUGAGAAAAUUGGUCUGUUAUCAUACGUACCUCCAGGUGGAGAGUCCGAGGGAAAACGGCCAUACAGUAAACAGUUGGCAGGAAGGAUUGACCUUGAAGCUAGAACUCUUGUAUCCCGAGCAUUCAGAUUUACUGAAGAAAUUCUUUUGAAAAACAGGGAUAAACUGAAUACGCUAUCUAUGAAGAAGCUACCUCAGAAAGGGAAAGAGACCAAGGUAGACCUAGGAAGGGUUGAAAGAGGCCUUCCACAGAUCGGGUGUGGAGUGAAACAGGAGGAAAUAGCUGCUACACGACAAGGAUUUAUGGAUCAAGCUCUAUUAAAAGGUGCCUCACACUGUGCUGCUAUAGGAGAGGAAAGAUCUUGA